AUGAUGGAAGAUUACUUUGUGGAGCGUCCAGUUUUCAGUGAAGAGGAGUUCCGGACAUGGUACAAGAUGAGUCACAAUGUUUUCAACCGCAUCUCCAGUGACCUUUGUCGCUAUGACCAAUACUUUGUCCAGAAAUCAGAUGCUGCUAAGAAAGUCGGACUACUUCCCCAACAAAAGCUGACAUGUUCCCUAAGAAUGCUUGCUUACGGUGCUAGGGCAGAUCAAUGUGCUGAGUAUUGUCGGAUGGCAAAAUCUACCACCAUCGAGGGUCCAAAACAAUUUACAAGUGGAAUCGUUAAUUUGUACUCGGCAGAAUACCUCCAGGCUCCUACUCCGGCCGACCUCAGAAGACUUCUCACCAAAGUUGAGAAAAUAGGUUUUCCUGGGAUGAUUGGAAGCAUCAACUUCAUGCACAGGCAAUGGAAGAAUUGCCCAACAGGUUGGGCUGAAAAUACAGCGGUUGAAAACGUGUGCCCACUAUCAUCCUCAAAGCAGUCGCUUCUUAUGACAUAUGGAUAUGGCAUGCCUUCUUUGGAAUGA